UGUGUCCAUGGAUAAGUGUGAACAUGGCGGUUCCGUGGAGGCACUGUUGGAGAUGGAGUUCAAGCUCUUAUGGCAUAAGUUUACUAGAGACAAUAUGUAUUCCUAACAGGCUGACGGCCGCGUAUGCUGCGUCGUCGCUCCGAGGAACAUGUUCCCUGUCUAGCUCUGGAAACCAGGGUAGUUCAACAACCAGGCCUGUUUACAUGAAUCAACAAAACAAUUCAGCUUUGACAAGGCAAAAAUCAAGACUGCUGAACCCCACACCAAACCUUCUCUGCUGUCAGAGAAUACACAGUGAUGCUAAGCUAAAGGAUCCAUUCACACUAGCCCAAAAAGACUUGAAUCAUUUAUACGACGACAUCAAGAAGGAGCUCUUUGUGUCUAAAAUAGAGCUUAGGUCCCUGUGUGAUUACUACUUUGACGGGAAGGGCAAGGCCUUCCGACCCAUGAUAGUAGUGCUAAUGGCUCGGGCAUGCAACCUCCAUAGCCACAAGGACGGAGAUCUCCUGCCCGGACAGAGGUCGAUAGCCAUGAUCUCGGAGAUGAUCCACACGGCCAGCCUGGUCCACGAUGACGUCAUCGACGGCUCGGACAAGCGGCGGGGCAAGACCACCAUCAACGAAGUGUGGGGUGAGAGGAAGGCUAUAUUAGCUGGAGACUUUAUCCUGUCUGCAGCCUCCAUGGCUCUGGCCCGUAUAGGAAACAACACAGUGGUGUCUGUUCUGUCGCAGGUUAUAGAGGACCUGGUACGAGGUGAAUUCAUGCAGCUAGGCUCCAAGGAAAACGAGAACGAGAGAUUCAAGCACUACCUCGACAAAACCUUCAAGAAGACCGCGAGUCUUAUCGCAAACAGCUGUAAAGCAGUAUCCAUUCUGGUAAACUCUGACCCCGAAAUCCAUGAAAUAGCCUUCCAGUAUGGUCGCAACGUUGGAAUCGCAUUUCAGUUGGUGGAUGAUGUGCUGGACUUCACAUCAAGUGCUAGCCAGUUAGGAAAGCCCUCCGCUACAGACCUCAAGCUGGGCUUGGCCACUGGACCAGUUCUAUUUGCUUGUCAACAGUUCCCAGAGCUGCACGCCAUGAUCAUGAGGAGGUUCAGCACCAGUGGAGACGUGGAUCGGGCCUGGCAGUACGUCCUGCAGAGUGACGGUGUGGAGCAGACCAGCUACCUGGCCCAGCGCUACUGCCAGGAGGCCAUCCGCCAGGUCAGCAUGCUGAGGCCCUCCCCAGAGAGAGACGCCCUCAUCCGCCUCACAGAGCUGGUGCUCACCCGGGACAAGUGAGGCCCUGCGCCCAGGGCUUCACCUCAGGCAGCUACCUGUGGCAGGCAGCCCCCCGCCCCCACCACCACCACCACCACCAGGAGGAGACGGCGCUUCAGAGCAGUGGUCUUCAGCCCUGGUCCCCAGGGCCCACUGUCCUGAAUGCUUUAGAAGAUGUUUCCCUGCUCCAACACACCUGGUCCAAAUGAAUAGGAUGUUGUCAGGCUUGAUUAACGACGUUUUAUUUGAAUCAGGUGUGUCGGUAGAGGGAAACAUCUAGAACAUGCAGGGCAGGGGGUCCUGAGGACCAGUGUUGAGAAAGGCUGAUCCAGGGAAGAGGAGGAUAUGAGGUCACCGGUUCCGUAAAACAAUUAAGAAUUAAGUUUCUGAAAGACUUAACGCGUGCAGGUUGUCUUGCACAACCAUCGUGCGAUCUUUGAUUCGACGUUUGAACGACGCGACUGUGAAUUCAGCUCUGAUCGAUCGGUUACUUCACAUCACUUACUCCACUUCUCCCUCUCUCCUCCUGUCCAGCAGGUGUCACUGACAACACUUUAUACUCUGUUGUUUCCAGGAAAACCAGGAGACUCCCAUGUUUGUCACAUCUAGGAAGGGAGCCCCACUUAUUUUCAAUUAGAUUCAAUUACCAACACCUCAAACACGAUUUUUAAAAAUAAUUUAAUGAAUCCUAUAACACUGCUGAGAAGUUUAGCCUCUGGUCACUGGAGCACAUGGAGGGGAGGGGGGGAAGGGACAUUGUUUCAUUAUGUUAUUAUCACUGUAUACAGUACUGUAAAACAAAAAGGCAAUGGUCUGUACCUCAAUCUAGCGUACUUCUCUCUCAUUGAGGGUUGAUUUUAUUACAGGCUAGGUUUGGGGCAGGCUAGGCACUGUAGAAUUAUUGUAAUUCCAGAUAAGUUGGAAAACAGAGUAUCGUUGUGUCGUUUAGGUGUUUGAUGGAUCUGUGUUAAGUUAUUAUACAUGAGCCGUCCUCACCAUACAGGCCAAAUGUCAUGGUGCUCAUUAACAACCGAGGCCUUAACAUCCACAAAUGAACACAUACUCAAAUAAUUAAAAAAAUGUAUUUUUUAAGUCAAGCCUUACCCUGUCUUUUAAUGUGCACGGACCACCCCACAUUAUUCAUAGAAUGGUUUAUUAUAAAAGACUGUACAUUAAUUUUUUCAAUUAACAUAUUAUAUAUACAAAUUAAGGGCAGAGAGAGAAAGACGAGUAUUCAACAUUUUCACCUGUGAAACUGAGCAGGAACACUUCUAUACCUUUGAUAUAACAAAGCACACAGACAGAAGUUUCAAGGCAUUGGCAGCAAUAUCCUGAAAAGGGUCAACAUUGAUGAGCGCAGUUAAUCCUGUGUCGCAUGAGUCCAUUCAGGGAAGACUAUCAGGAAUGAGGAAA